AAAACAGAUUCUCUUGAAGCCAAUGAUAAAGCCUUGCUCACACAGGCUAUCCAUGACAUAAAAGACUGUCCAUCUAAUGUAUUACACAUUUAUGCUACAACAAAGAGGUGGACAAACACAAUUCAGCAACUGUAACUGCUCUUCAUUCUGAUAUCAUAAAUAUUCAGGCCGAAGACUACAGAAAAGACCCACGAACGGGUGAGAUGGUCCUGCUGGCAGAUAUGAUGAAAGGCAACAAAAGAGAUUUACCUGAUAACAUACAAGCUGCACCUGGAGUGCGUGUUAUGAUUAUUAGAAAUUUGGAUGUUGAAGAUGGGCUUGUUAAUGGGACAUUUGGAACAAUCACGAACAUUGUGACAACCACACAGGAUGGACGAAAAACUGUGAAUCUCAUUGGACUUACGCUGGACAAUCAAAAUUCUGGGCAAAAAUUUCGCAGAAAAAUACAAGGAUCCUCAGACAACCUGGUAUAUAUUGAGAAAUGUGAAGAAUCUACAAGUAAAAAUGGAGUUCUUCGCAGGCAAUUUCCAAUGAAGUUGGCCUUUGCAUGUACAGCUCACAAAGUACAAGGCAUGACAAUGGAGUCAGCAGUAGUAUGUUUGAAGCGUGUUUUUGAACCUGGAAUGGCCUAUGUUGCACUCAGCCGCACAACCUCACUUAAAGGACUCUACAUCACAGACUUUGAUGAAAGGAAAAUCUAUGCUGAUCCUGCCAUCACAGAUGCACUCAAAAAUAUGAGACAUGCAUCAUUUGAGAAUGCAAGACCACUGUUGCAAUUCUUAAAAUCAGUUGUUCCCACAGUCCCCACGAUGACAAUUAUCCAUCACAAUGCACAAGGUCUCCCAACUCACAUGGAGGACAUGAGAUGCCACCAUGAACUCAGCCUUGCUGAUGUUUUAUGCAUAACAGAAACUCACUUGUCUGGAUCAUCAGUUUCUCCCCGCUUCCAGCUCGAACAGUACAACAUGGCCACACGCAACAGACACGUCUCUUACACAAACCAUACAGACAUGGCAAAGGUAAAUGGCGGUGGAGUUGCAAUGUACUACAAAACAGUUCUUACAGCAGAGUCUCGAAAAUACCUGCAAAAUGUGACUGACCUUGAAUUUGUUGUUAUCAAGGUUGAAUCGCCAGUCACAGCUUUGAUAGCAACUGUAUACAGGCCACCAAAUUACAGCCACGUGAGGUUUUUACCACAAAUGCAAUGUCUUUUGGACUCAUUGGAAAUGAUGAAUUGCCAACCAAUUAUUGUUUGUGGAGACUUCAAUGAGGACCUUAUGAGCAGAGGAAAAAAACCCAUCCAAGAACUGUUUCAGUCAAGAGGAUAUGCACAACUUAUUACUGCUGCAACUACCGAAAAACACACAUUGAUUGAUCACCUUUACAUAUCACAGCCAUACGCCUGCCUCCAAUCAGGUGUUCUGAAUACAUAUCACAGUUAUCACAACCCCAUUUAUUGUGUAAUUCACUAACACAAAAUGACUGCAAGGUUGUGAGGGAUAUGGACUUGCCAAGUGAUCUUAGUGUCUUUGCAACUGAGCACACUCUACCACCAACAAGGACAGCUCACCAGUGGGAGCUGAUACAUAAGACUGCUCUCAUCCAUUGAAGAGCUGACCAGAAACGUGAACAGAGAGACUGCAACUGCACCUGAUGGGAUCCCUGCCAUAACAGAUGUGUUCUGUCCAGUGAAGGCAGUAGAGAAGCCCUA